CCGAGUGAAAUACAGGUAAAGUUGCGACAGAUAUUAAUUACUCUUAUCUUCUCUCUCACCAAUUUCCAUUAUUUCUUUAUACUCACAUUCAAAGCUAAUUGCACUUCAUCCUCCAAAUUCCAACCUAUAUUUCUCUCUCUAUCAUUCUUCUUUAAUGUAUAUUACCAUUUGAUCCGAUCCGAUCCUUUUUCUCAAGCAGACAAAAAAAUGGAGGGAGUAUCAACCCGGGUUUACAGAGGAUUAAAGGGUUACUGGAGAAGAAGAGGUUAUCAGAAGUUGAAUCGAAACAACCGGGUCGACUUAUCAACAGAAGGUUCGACCCGAAAACGAAAGUUCUGGAAGAUAAAGUUAACCCCCAAAUUGAAGCUGAAAAUCAAUUUCAAACGAUUUUCGCUGAAGAAGCUUCUUAUUGGACUGCGUGAUGCUUAUGUGAACGCGAUGCUGAGGGUUGCGAAUACUCGAGGAUUCGGCGGCGAGUACGGCGGCGGAAUCGACGGAUUUGGGAUGCGGCGAGUUAAGGAGUACGAUGAGAAAAUGCUGGUGGAGAUCUACAAGUCUAUGAUAAUUGCUCAGGGAAAAUUAGGUACUCGUGCUGCUGCUAAAAUUGGACCUGAGAUUAAUGUAAACGGUAAUUAGUCAACGAAUCAUGAGUAUUCAUCUUCUUCCUUUUGAGAUUCUGUUACUUAAUUUUACAAAAAAAAAUGAUGGUGAAUCUUGCAGACCGGAAAAAAAUUUGUUGUAAAUUGUAACGCUAUGUUGCUCCAAAUGAUUUUGUCACCUCUUCGAUUAGCUCAUACGUAUCUCGAUUAAUUUUACGAUAA